AGGUGUUCCCAGAUCACGUAAUGAUAGUUCUCCCAGCUGAGAUUAUAAAUCAUAGGUAUGAUGUAUGUGUAGAUAAAGAGCGAAGCUUUAUGCCACACACUAACAGAUAGGAAUGCGACGGCAGGGCUUGGGCCCGCCCCCCCUGCAUCCGCAAUGCAAUGACGCGAUGAUGCGGAUAUUUGGAAAUGCCGCGAUAGCUCUCCGCCGCCAGCGGUAUUCCAUCCUGUGCAGGGUAAUUAACCGGGUACGUUACUAGACUUCUGUUUCGAUAGUUUUUACUUGUUCUGAUACCCCACGUACGAAACCAACCCUCAUAUUUGUCACAUACACGCAACGUGCUUAGCGAUCGCAAUGAAAGAAGCUAUUGUUAGCAAAGGACCCAAGGUCGAAAUCAUCGACUCGCCGAUCCCCAAGCCGGGGCCAGACCAAGUCCUGAUUAAAGUCAAUGUCAGCGGGUCUAAUCCCAAGGACUGGAAGCUUCCUCUAUGGAUUGGUUCUACGCUGAACCAGGGGGAUGAUAUUGCUGGCAUUGUUGACCAGGUGGGCGAAAACGUCUACGAGUUCAAGCCCGGUGACCGCGUGGCCGCUUUCCAUGAGAUGACGACACCGCAUGGUUCCUACGCCGAAUAUGCUAUAGCUUGGCAACAUACGACGUUCCAUAUCCCCAAGCACACUAGUUUUGAAGAGGCUGCUGCCCUCCCCUUAGCCGCCAUGACAUCGGCCUUGGGCUUGUAUCUUCGCCUCGGACUGCCGCAGCCCUGGGUGCCAGCCACGGAGCCAAUCCCACUAGUUAUCUACGGCGCGGCGUCGGCCGUAGGAUCCUACGCCAUCCAGCUUGCGCAAAAGAGCAACAUCCACCCGCUGAUCUGUGUCGCGGGCCGCUCGAGCGCGCACGUCGAGAAGCUCAUCGACCGCAGCAAAGGGGACGUGAUUCUAGACUACCGCGAAGGCGGCGACGCUCUCGUGGAGAAUCUGAAGAAAGCCGCGGAUGGCCGGCCCCUGCUCUACGCUUUCGACGCAGUCUCGGAGAAAGGAAGCUAUCUCAACCUGAGCAAGGUGCUCGCCAAGGGCGCGAAAAUCACCCUCGUUCUACCGUUGAAGGACUAUAGUGAAAUCCCGGAAUAUAUCGAGCACUAUCUGACCAAUGUAGGCGCCGCGCAUAAAGACGCGAAAGACUUUGGAUAUGUCUUCUUUCGCUAUCUGGCCCGUGGCUUGCACGAGGGCUGGUUUAAGCCCCAGCCGCAGGAGGUUGUGCCUGGUGGCUUGGGUGGCGUGCAGCAGGCGCUGGAGAAUCUGAUGAAUGGAAAGGCGAAUGCGGUGAAGUACGUUUUUAGAAUCUCGGACACCGAGGGGGUCAGUUAGGAGAUUUGUGAGCAAUGGCUCCCUUCUCCGAGACCUAAUCCUCCGUUACCCGUUGAAACCAUGGCAGGCUAAGCAAGACCUUGUCAACGAAAGUUUAUUACGGACAAUGAAUGAUCGACUUGCAAGAACUAGAAACGGUAUUCUUCGCUAUAUGGAAGCUACACAUGUGAUGAAAUUAUAUAUCAAUUUGUGAAG